GAGCCCCCGAGAGGCGGGCGGGAGAGCUGGCCCGCUCCCCCUCCCUGCGCCGGGCUCACCCGCUCAGCCCAGCUGCAACAGGCGGCCACGACAGGCCCCGCUUACAACGACCAAGGAGGGGAGCGAAAGCCGGGGCAGACCCUCAGGCGGCUUUCCCCCAUCCCCGCGAAAGACGCGGCUCCGCUCACCUCCUCAGGAGCGCGGAGGGACUAUAGCUACUGCCAGCAGGUACAGCGAAAGGUGCAGCGAGAACCGCGGCCCCCAAGCCCUGCAGCGGCGGCCCCGGCUGCCUGCGCCGCUCGGCGGGGCCGGGCUUGGGCGGGGCCGGACGUGACCGCAUUUCCGCGGGCUGCAGAGCGCCACUAUGGCGGCAAAAAGUCCUGGUGAUGGUACUCCAAGAAGACCUGUUUUACCUGUUAGUGCAAGAAAAAUUAAAGAUAAUGCAGCAGACUGGCAUAAUUUAAUGAUGAAAUGGGAGAGACUGAAUAAUAAUGGAUUUACUACAGCAAACAAAAUAGUCAACAUGAAGAUUAGUGAACAAUUUCAAGACAACAAAAUGGAGAUAGCAUGUGAUAACAAUGCCACAGGAUCUGAAAAGCCAGCUCCAAAAUAUAAUGAAGAACUGGACAAUUGCUGUGAAGAAUUACUUGAGACCUUAAAGCAUAUGACAAAAAUACAACUGAAAAUGGAAAAACUUACUUCAACUGCUAAAGCAAUCUGUGACUUGGAAGCAUUUCACCAUAGAGCUGGGAAUUGCCCAGCACCCUUCUUUCAUACAUGGCCCACACCAUACUUCUAUGAGGUUUCUCUGAAGCUCUCUGAAAUGUACAGGAAGGAGCUACAACUCAAGCAAACAAUUGUACAAGAAAUUGCUCAUUCAGCUGACCAGGAUCUGAUGAUGGUCUAUUUAUCAUCAUGGUUAUACCAGCCUUACAUUGAAAACAGCAGCAAACUCCUACUUGAAGCCAUGCUGCUAGAAACAGGACAUAGACAGUGCUAGAAUUCCAAAUGCUGCAUGGCUUCUUGUAAUGAUGCUUACAUGAAGCUGAAAUGGCAAACUGCAAAGCUUACCAAGUAAACUGAAUUUUUGUAAAACUUAUUAAAAAUAUUUCUAUUUGUAUUCAUUA